AUGGCACGAAUGAACCGCCCUGCUCCUGUGGAAGUCACAUACAAGAACAUGAGAUCCCUUAUUACUCACAAUCCAAUCAAUGCAACCUUAAAUAAAUUUAUAGAGGAACUUAAGAAGUAUGGAGUGACCAUAAUAGUAAGAGUAUGUGAAGCAACUUACGACACUGCUCUUGUGGAGAAAGAAGGCAUUUGUGUUCUUGAUUGGCCUUUUGAUGAUGGUGCACCACCUUCCAACCAGAUUGUUGAUGACUGGUUAAGUCUUGUAAAAAUCAAGUUUCGUGAAGAACCUGGUUGUUGUAUUGCUGUGCAUUGUGUUGCAGGACUUGGGAGAGCUCCAGUGCUUGUUGCCCUAGCAUUAAUUGAAUGUGAUAUGAAAUAUGAAGAUGCAGUACAAUUCAUAAGACAAAAGCGGUGUGGUGCUUUCAACAGCAAGCAACUUUUGUAUUUGGAGGAGUAUCGUCCUAAAAUGCUGUAA